AGGACUUCAUCGUGGCGGACCGGGAAUAUCGCCAAGUCGUUGGGUCUUCCGCCUCGCCGGCCACCCUGCCAUUUCCUAAGCGCCGAAGAGAACGUGUUACCUGAAUUAGGCACCCCCUGCAUGAAUGCGAACUCUGUGUCGUGAUUAGCAAGAUUCCAUGCUUCUUAUUCUUAAUUAUCCCUUAGAUCCGCUUCCUGUGAUACUGAGACUCUUCAUCAUGAAACUUUUCAGCAAUCAUCCGCAUGCACCGACAGACCAAAAGCCGGCCGGUUGUCUAAAUGGGUGUUAUGGUGGUUUGUUAAAUCGAACAAUUAUCUGAAUUCUCAAUUUCCGGAUGCAGCACCUCCAUUCUCUCUCAUAUUGCUCAUUUCUCUUUGGCCCUUUCUAGACAGAUGUGGGAACACGAUAGCACACAAUUCCACUCUUUGUCAACCCGCAAUGGCAUCAAUCAGAGCGAUAUAUACACCACAGUCAAUGGGUGGGUAGCCGCUGGGCGAGACAGGGGGACCAUUGACAUCCUCUGGUCAAGUAUUCUAACAAUAGUCCUCUGCGUAUGGGCGGCGACGCAACCUAAUGCGCUUUCGCCAAAGGACAAGUGGUAUCACGGUUUUUACGACAAGCUCAGUCUGGCCAUGAUAGGCCUCUUGGGACCCGACUUUCUGUUUGGACUAGCCGUGGGCCAACUCUCAAGUGCUAGGAGAAGUGUAAAGCAAUUUCGCAAGGACCAACAUUUGUGUGACGGCAAGAAAUGGACCUACACGCAAGCGUUCUUUGUUGAUAUGGGUGGCAUUUUCCUCAAGAGCCCCGACUUUCCCGAAGGAUUCCCGAUAAAUGCCGAACAACUGCAUUAUCUGGUAAAGCACGGCUUUGUUGAUUUUCCAGACAUGAAGUCCAUGGACAUUUCGGAGCGCAACACCGUUGAUACUUUGUCAAGAAUCAUCACGUUGUGGCAAGCAGUUUGGUUUUUCAUUGUCGAAAUUGACCGAAUCAGAAUGGGACUGCCCAUCACGACCCUUGAGUUAACUGCGCUCUCUUUUACUUUCGCCAUGGUAGCAACCUUCAUUUGCUGGUAUCCGAAGCCCGCUAUAUCGUAUCCACGAUACAUCGAAACCAAGGUUCGCAACGGUCAACAAAUCACUUUGGAUGACAUUCGAUCAUACGCUAGGUCUCAUACACAUCCUCGACUCCAAACAAGGUGGCAUCGUACCCCCCUCGACGACAUCACUCCACGCAUGUUUCGUAUCGACGCUUACUGGUGCUUCUAUAAGAGGAUUGGCGAUGUGAUGCACCUUCACCCGUACGGCCGGCCCAUCAAAAAAGAGCUCUGGGAUAGGUUCCCGUCCGAUCUCUGGCGUCCAAUGGAGCUGGUGUACUACCCUCUCGGCGGCGUUUUCAUCGUGGGAUUUAGCGCUUCCUUCAUGAUUGCAUGGGGCUUCCACUUUCCGUCGCACACAGAGCAACUGAUGUGGAGGCUAGCUGCUCCGUACCACAUGUUCUUUUCCCUCUACGGAGCAUUUCACUGGCUUUACGAGGACCAAAAGUGGCACCGGGACCAAGAACGCAUGCGAAAUUCGCCGUCGGUCGAAUCGACUGUGGACGCUGAGGCUCAACGUCAGCAUGGCGAACAAAAAGACAGCCAGAAGAGAGGUUUUGUCAACAGAUUGAUGACUCUGCUUCGGUCAGAGUACAAUAACUCAGCAGACAAGGAUCCGUCAUUGGCUGUUCCCCUUUUCGUGGUCAUGCCAAAUAUUCUCAUUUCUGCACUUUAUGCGUGUUGCAGGGCUUAUUUCUACGUAGAGGACUUUGCAUCACUGCGUCAGCAACCAAAUGGGAUCUACCUCACAGGUAACCGAUUCUUACCUUUCAUAGGGGAGAUGUGGAAGUAAUAUCUACGAUAUGUGGAAGUAUCCCUACCCUAUAUAAUAUCAGACAGACUGCGAUGGUCCUCAAGUGGAUCUGAUAGUUUCAAGGCACAUUGUUAGGAAGACGAAGGUAUCCGGACAUAAACAUAGGUCCGAUCUUGGUGAGAGCUACGGUCUCACCGAAACCGUCAAGGUGACCCAAUCAGGCAACUCUAACAGUUCAUUGGCCUCGUUAUCCCUGCGUGUUAAAACAGUACGGCAGCCUGUAGGGCGCACUGGUCUAAAAGUUAAACAGUUACUAUAUUUACCCUAUUAGUUUCUAGAAACACUGCAUAUUAUUAAUCUAACUUAUAUAUAACUAAUUAG